CAAAAGAAGAAGAAGAAGAUUACAGUAGCUGACUUCAAAAUGUUCAAACUCACGUCCCGACAGGCAGAGCCAAGGCACCAGAGAAACAGAACAAAUCAAUGACACUUUAACAUCAUGUAAUGUCUUAUAUUAAUAAUAAUAAUACAGCUGUUAUAUCAAUACAUAAACAUGGCUUGCUUCUUCAGGAGAACUAUCGCGCUGCAGCUUGCACGGAUUUGUGGACAGUCUGAGUCUGUUUUUAUUCCUCUGAUCUCUGCAGUUCCUGUGUCAAAGAAACAGUCGACGGCUGAUGUGCGGGUCUCAGUGAAUUCUCUGGUGCAGAUUGGAGUCGUCAUACCUGAUGGAGAUCUGCAGAUGAUCACUGACACACUCGUCAAACAGAUAAAGCUGGACGGCGUUGUUGAUGAGGUCAUUGCUGGUCGAGGAGUGAUUCACUUCAGAUUAAAUAAACUGAUCCUGGCACAGAAACUAUUAAAGCAACUGCAUUUAGAGCCUGAGACGUUUGGGGUGAAGAGUGAACUUCUGACUCAUCUUCAGGGUGGCAGGACGCUUGUGGAGUUCAGUUCUCCAAACAUCGCUAAAAAGUUUCAUGCAGGACAUCUUCGCUCCACAAUUAUUGGAAACUUCAUUGCCAACCUAAAGAAGGCUUUGGGGAAAGAGGUUAUUCGAGUGAAUUAUUUGGGUGACUGGGGAAUGCAGUUUGGUCUUUUGGGAGCAGGCUUUGAACGGUUUGGAUCUCAAGAGAAACUGAGAGCACACGCCCUCCAGCACCUAUUUGAGGUGUAUGUUCAAGUGAACCGUGAGGCCAAGUGUGAUGAAAGCGUGCGUUUGGCUGCUGCAGAGUUCUUCAGACGUCUUGAGCAGCAUGAGGAUCAGGCCCUGUCACUGUGGAAACAGUUUCGCGAGAUCACGGUUGAGGAGUACAAACGCAUCUAUGAGCGGUUAGGAGUUCACUUUGAUCAUUAUUCUGGAGAGUCUUUCCAUCAGAGUCAAACACACAAUGUUCUGGAGGAUCUGAUGAGCAAACACCUGUUAAAAACCUCUGAGAAGGGCACAGGUGUGGUAGACAUGUCUGGAGGAGGCGAUAUGUCAUCCUAUGCAACAUUAGUACGCAGUGAUGGGACGUCUCUGUACAUCACCAGAGAUAUCGCAGCAGCGUUGGACAGAAAGGAGAGGUUUGGCUUUGAUGAGAUGAUCUAUGUGACAGAUAAGAGUCAAUCCGUCCAUUUCCAGCAGCUCUUUCACAUCCUGUUAGCCAUGGGACACCAGUGGGCAGAGAGGUGUCAUCACGUAGCGUUCGGGCUGGUUCAGGGCAUGAGUACGCGGCAUGGAGAGGUGCUGUUCCUGGAGGACGUGCUGGAGGAAGCGCGAAACAGGAUGCUCAACAACAUGAGACGGUCCACAACUUCAAAAGUGCUAGAGGAUCCAGAACAAACAGCGGAGAGGGUUGGGAUCAGUGCUUUAAUUAUACAGGACUUUAAAGGGCCUCUGAUGUCUGAUUAUAAAUUUGAGUGGGACAAAGUCCUGCAGGCUCAAGGGGACACGGGUGUAUUUCUGCAGUACACACACGCCAGACUCCGCAGUUUGUUGAGAACACAUGAGAAUGAGAAGUACACGUGCUGUGACGUUUCACCCCUCAUGGACAACAGAAGUAUUUCAAUUCUUCAGCACCUGCUCAGAUACGAUGAAGUGCUUCUUCAGUCAGCGCGUGACCUGCAGCCCAGACAUCUGGUCAACUUCCUCUUUACUCUGAGUCAUCUGGUGGCCUCGGCCCAUCGACAGCUGCCUGUGAAGGGAAGUUCUCCAGAGGUGGCUCAGGCCAGACUCUGUCUCUUCAGCUCUGUCUGCUCCGUUCUGGCCAAUGGCAUGAGGAUUCUGGGUAUUACACCUGUGGAGAGAAUGUGAUGUUCUUUUAAUUAAAGGAACAGUUCUCUUAAAAUUGAAAAUACUAUCAUUUCUUUAUCACCGUUCCGUUGUUCCAAAAACAAUUCUGCUUUUGUGUUCCACUGAAAUAAAAGUGUAUUGUUUGAAACGACAUGAAGGCAAGUAAAUAAUGACAGAAUUCUACACUGUCUGGCCCAAAAAAGUUGCAUGCUCUAAUAUUUCGUCGGAACAUCUUUAGCUUUGAUUACGACAUGUAUUUUUCGUGGCAUUGUUUCAACAUCCUUAUGGAACAUCAGAACAUUUAUUUCCAUCCAGAGUUGCCGAGACCUUGUAUUGAUGAAGGGUGCAUCACUUCAUGCGCUUUCCUUCUUACCCUGACGUGCCCAUCGCUUUGAAUAGAGUAAAUCUGGCCUCAUCAGACCACCUUACCUUUUUUCCAAUCUUUACGCUCCCUAGAAAAUUAAAAGUUUUUUUUGUCUUUCUUGUGGCCACACGGCUGUUUAGUCCCAAUCCUGUAAGUUCUCGUGCUGUUGUUCAUGUGGAAAUGCUCUUUCUUUCACUAUUAAACAUAGCCGUGAGUUCUACUGUCCAUUUUUCAGAUGUGACCUCAAGUGUUUUAGUGAUCAUUCUAGAUUAUUUCUGCCCACAUUUCUUCUGUGAAACUGACGGUUCACCACUAUCCUUCCUUUAAUAAAGCGUUGGACAGUUCUUAACCCAGUUCCAGUGAUUUGAGCAAUCUCAUUAGUUGAUUUCUUUACUUGAUGCAGAUCAAUAAUUUGCCCCUUCUGAAACACCGUAACAUCUUUUCCACGACCUUGGGAUACGUCUUCCGACAUGAUUGUUUAAGAAAUGAGAAGCUACACACUGCAUCAGUAAGAGUCAAAAGAAUUAUUGUCAGCCGAAACAUAUUAAUUACUGCAAUAAUGAUCCAAUCAUAGACUCUUAACUGUCUGCUUAUUUAAAUACAAACUAUGACUUUUUUUUGGCCAGCCAGUGUAAAUUCAUUAUAUGACUAAAUAUGUAAAUUAUGUGUCAAUGAUAAAUCUGUUUAAAAAUGUAGAAUCUUUGUGUUUGGCUAACAUUUUUA